AUGGUGCGAGCUAAGAUUCUUGCUACAGUUUUGGCUGCUUGCCUUGUUAACAGUGUCAAUGCCGGUGCUUGCAAACCCAGAUCAUCAUUUGUUACCGAGAGCCAGCCAACCUUGAGUACAAUUUCUUCCGCUACACUCAGUAUGGCGACCGAAACGUCAAUUAUCGCGGAGACAUCCACAGCAUCUGAAACAUCUAUCCUUGCCGUCACCACAACAUCUCAAUUCCCUGAGCUGUCAUCUACCACGGCCUCAGCAGCACCAGUAGCUCCCGUCUGUGGCCAGUAUGGCACUUGCUCUCCUAGCAGCGAUGGAUGCAGAUCUCGAAUCGCCGGAAGCUCUCCACUCUAUCUCGGAGAAUGUCAGGAUCUUUGUCGCGCCGACGCCAAUUGCAAGUCUAUAAUAUACAACACCCGCCAAGGAGAUUGCUUUCUCAUCUCAAAUGUUGCCCAAGACGCGGGAUUCUAUCAAGAUUCUUCCACUGAGUCUGUCUGGUACGACAACAGUUGCGAGAUCGAGAAGCGGGAGCCCGAUCCCAUCUGCGGUGCUUACGGGGACUGCAACCAAAGCAAAUGUAACCCAGUAGCACAGCAGGGCUCCUUCACAGCCAUGGGCUGCCAGCAGGCGUGCUCCGCUGAUGAGAACUGUGGCUCAUUUGCCUUCUUCCCUACUUUUAACGGCUGCUACUUUCUUUCCAAGUCUCUGUUCAAAUCCGGGUUCUAUACGAAGGAGACGUCGCUGGGCUGUUGGUUUGACCGCGUCUGCGUCAUCCAGGAAAUUGAUUAA